ACAUUGUACAUCCGGUAGUAUUAAUAUAUAUGUGUCUCCCUCUGAAGACUCAAUGAGAAUAUAUGGAAAACAUGAACACAAAAAUGGUGGGUACUGAAAAUGAUAAUCACGAUUGUGAGGAAAUAGAAAUCAAAGAAAAUAUGGAUAACAAUCGACAAAAUGGAGAAGUAAUUUCUACAGAAAACAACGAGGAGAGAGAUGUAAAUGCAGAUACUAAUGAACAAAGGAAAAAAUAUCAACGAACACAUCUAGAAUCAUUUUUUGCUAUAACAAAAUCAUUAAUUAUACGUGCCCUCAUUAUUUAUUGUAUUAGUCAUCUAUUUAGACGACUUCACACUGAUAAUUCUCAGUUUUCUGGCAUUGUUAAUCCAGCACAAUCUUUACAAACUGUAAAUAUAUUUGAAAAUGGAACUCUAUUUGAUUUACAUGUUUAUUUAUCAGAAUCAGAAAAUUUUAAGGAAUUUGAUGAUCCAAGAACAUUAAUAUGGUUAGAACAAGGAUUAAUAUAUGGAGAUUGGUAUAGUGGACCAUUUAAAGAUGGUUCAAAAAUUAAGAAUUAUAAAUUUAUUCCAUCUGAUCAAUUAAAAAAUAAUGGAUCUAUAUAUCUUCAUGUGUAUAUUACAAAAAGUGGAAAAUCUCCAAAUCCUAAAAGUGGAAAAAAUAUUUAUGCAGGAAAUUAUAUGUCAAAUUCUACAAAAAUGUUAAAUAAAUUUAAGAAAGUUAGAUAUCAAAAAAAGCAUAAUUUGUUAACUGGUGAAACUACUGCAAGUAAAGAAGAAAUUGAGAAAGCUGAAUUAAUGAAUCAGGAAUAUGUAUCACAUUGGCAUCCAAAUUUAACUAUUAAUUUAGUAACAGAUCAUACUAAUUGGGUAUAUGGUCAAGUGUCACCACCUUUAGAUACAUAUAUCCAUUUUUUACCUGGUGAGAAAUUUUAUAAGCCUGUAAUAUAUAUGAAUGAUUUUUGGAAUAUGCAAAGAGACUAUCAACCUUUAAAUGAUACUAUAAAAGAACUUGAACUUAAAUUAACUUAUCAACCACUUUCAUUAUUUAAAUGGCAAAUUUAUGCAGCUCAAACAAUGAGGAAUAAGUGGACAUCUUCACUUAUGGGAGAUUCAUCAGACGAAGAUGAAAAUGAUCAGGAUACUUUGAAGGAAACAUUAUUAGAAACAAAUCCUUAUUUAUUGGGUUUAACUAUAAUUGUAUCAGUAUUACAUAGUGUAUUUGAAUUUUUGGCAUUUAAAAAUGAUAUACAGUUUUGGAAUAAUCGUAAUUCAUUGGAAGGUCUAUCAGUUCGAUCUGUAUUUUUCAAUGUUUUUCAAUCUUUGAUUGUUUUAUUGUAUGUUCUUGAUAAUGAAACAAAUACAGUCGUUCGGAUUAGUUGCGCAAUAGGUUUAUGCAUUGAAGUAUGGAAAAUUAAUAAAGUUGUAAAUAUUACUAUUGAUAAAAAUUCAAAAAUAUUUGGUAUUUUUCCAAAAAUAAGUUUUCAUGAUAAAGGAUCAUAUGUAGAAUCUUCCACAAAAGAAUAUGAUAGACUUGCUUUUAAAUAUUUGUCAUGGACUCUUUAUCCUCUUUUAGGAGGAUAUGCUAUUUAUUCGUUGAUGUAUUUAGAACAUAAAGGAUGGUAUUCUUGGGUUCUUAGUAUGCUUUAUGGAUUUUUACUAACAUUUGGAUUUAUUAUGAUGACACCACAAUUAUUUAUUAAUUAUAAGUUAAAAAGUGUAGCACAUCUUCCAUGGCGCAUGAUGUCUUACAAGUUUCUAAAUACGUUUAUUGAUGAUAUCUUUGCAUUUGUGAUAAAAAUGCCAACAUUAUAUAGAAUUGGUUGCUUCCGAGAUGAUAUUGUUUUCUUUAUAUUUUUAUACCAAAGAUGGAUAUAUAAAACAGAUCAUACUAGAGUAAAUGAAUUUGGUUUUUCUGGUGAAAUGGAAGCUAAAAUAACUAAGGAUAAAAAACAAGAAUUUAUUAAAGAUCGUGCAAAAAAUGAAGCAAAUAAAAAAAACGAAUAAUGUUUGAUACAUAAUGUUUUAGCAUUAAUAAUAUUAUUCAAACUUUAUCUUAAAUUAAUAAAUUUAUUAGUACCAAAGGAUAUAUAUCUAUACGCAAUAAGUACCUUUAUCAGUUUGAUAUAACUACACGUGUAUGUAUAUAUAUUCUUCUGGUUUUCAUCUAGCCAAUUAAAAAGCCUCGCAAAGACAUUGAUAUGCUUGAAUAAGAAUUUUGAUGUCCAUUGCAUUUGGCAGAAUAUCAGAACAAGAUUUAGUAUGAUUGUAAAGAAUGAUAUAAGUACAUAUAUACUAUCUUUAAGAAACAAUUGUUAUUAUGCUUUGAUUUAGAUUUAUUUACGUUUCAUUUAUAUUUCAAUGCUUUGUAGUAAUUGUUAUUAUUUGAUAUCAUGUCAAGGUAUAUAAAAUUUAUUUGAAUGUUUAAAAAAUAAGUCGAAUUGCGAAUUGUAUGUUUAUACACGUGUAUGAAAUGACUUGGAUUACAUAUAUAUGCACACAAAUAUUUUAAUGAAUAAUUUAAAUAAGAAAUAAUAUUAUAUAUUUUGCAUAUAUAUAUCAUAUUCAUAUAUAAUGAAUUAUGAAUAAUAUAAUUCUUGUAUCAAUAUUUUAAGUUUAUUGUUUCUUAUAUAUGAAUAAAAUUUUGCAAAAGAAUUCCAAACAAAUUUAUGUUAUAAAUAUAUUUCAAGUUGUACUCGAUCUUAGAUAAAAUUAUAAUCAUUGUUUUUAAUAAAUCAAUGUCUUCAAUGAAA